UACUACUCUCUCCCUGCUGCUGCUGCUGCUGCUACUACUGCAUAAGAGCAACAAGCUCCCAGAAAGCUAGAAUUAUUUUAGCCCCCCCUAUCCCCCACAAUCCAAAGGCCACAAGAAACAAAGAGCUGGGAGAGAAAAAGGAGAAGCAGACAGAGAAGGCGAAUAGAGGCUGAGGGAUUUUUUUUUAAAAAAAAUAAAUAAAAAAAAAAAAGAAACGACCUCUUUCUCCAAGUCUUUGCUUGUGCUCUUUGUGUCCAUCGUUUCCAAAAACCAAAACCCGUCAGCAGGAGAAAAGAGAGAGGACCGGCGCCGGAAGACCAGAGGGAUCGCCGGUUCGUGGCAUGGACGGCCCCGAGGCCCACCAAUUCCGGCAACCGCCGGUGGUUUCCUCUUGUUAAAUGCCCGGCCAUCGCUCCCUCCACCGAAGUGGCGCCCGACCUCGCAGACGUCGACGAUGGAAGACGCCAGAUAACAACGAUACAUAGAUAGAUUGAUACCAAUAUCAAGAACAAUAGCAGCAGGAAGAAAAUAAGAUAAAGCUAGUUUGGUUUGGAAUCUCUUCUUCUUGUUCUUGUUCUUCUUGUUGUUCUCUAGCGUAAGGAGCGGAAGAAGUUGGAGCAGUGCAAAGAGUUUGAUAAAGAGAGGGAGGAUCCGAUCUUCUUGUUUUGGUAGUGUUCAUGGCGACAGCGAAUGCCUCUACUUCGGCGGCAGCGGCGGUGAUGGACCCGACUGCGACGACGGCGGCGGAGGAAGCGACGGCGAGGGCGGUGCACAAGAGGUACGAGGGGUUGAUGACGGUGCGGACGAAGGCGAUCAAGGGGAAGGGGGCGUGGUACUGGGCCCACCUGGAGCCCAUGCUCCAGAGCUCCGACACCGGCCUUCCCAAAGCCGUCAAGCUCCGCUGCUCCCUCUGCGACGCCGUCUUCUCCGCCUCCAACCCCUCCCGCACCGCCUCCGAGCACCUCAAGCGCGGCACAUGCCCCAAUUUCACCUCCCCCUCCGCCGCAGGCCCCGCUGUCCCUGCCCUUCCCUCCCCGCCCCCGAAGCCCAUCUCCUCCAUCGCCCCCUGCUCCUCCGCCGGCCACCACCAUCACAACAGCCGCAAGCGCUCCUCCGCCGCCGCCAACCCUCCGCCGGGCCUCUCCUCCUACCACCACCAUCUCCACGCUUCCUCUCUCGCCCUCAUCGACCCAUCCCGCUUCUCCUCCCCCACCGCCGCCUCCGCUGGCGGCGACGUCGUCGUGUACCCCUCUUCCACCACUCCGCCUCCGCCGCACCACCUGGUCCUCUCCGGCGGGAAGGAGGACCUGGGGGCUCUGGCGAUGCUGGAGGACAGCGUGAAGAAGCUCAAGAGUCCCAAGACCUCCCCCGGGCCUGCCCUCACCAAGGCCCAGGUCGACUCCGCCCUCUCCCUCCUCUCCGACUGGUUCUACGAGUCCUGCGGCGCUGUCUCCCUCUCCUCCGCCGAGCACCCCAAGUUCCGCUCCUUCCUUCACCACAUCGGCCUACCCCCGCUCUCCCGUCGCGACCUCGCCGGCCCCCGCCUCGACGCCCGCUUCGACGAGGCCCGCGCCGACGCCGACGCCCGCAUCCGCGACGCCCUCUUCUUCCAGCUCUCCUCCGACGGCUGGCGCCCCCGCGACCCCACCACCACCUCCGCCUCGUCCUCCUCCUCCUCCUCCUCCUCCUCCUCCUCCUCCGACGCCCUCGUCAGCCUCUCUGUCAACCUCCCCAACGGCACCUCCGUCUUCCACCGCGCCGUCCUCACCCACGGCGGCGCCCCCUCCAAGUACGCCGAGGAGGUCCUCUGGGACACCGUCGCCGACGUCUGCGGCAUCUCCGUCCAGCGCUGCGCCGGCAUCGUCGCCGACCGCUUCAAGUCCACCGCGCUGCGCAACCUCGAGAGCCAGCACCCCUGGAUGGUCAACCUCUGCUGCCAGCUCCAGGGCUUCCACAGCCUCAUCAAGGACUUCGCCCGCGAGCUCCCUCUCUUCCACUCCGUCUCCUUCAACUGCUGCAAGCUCGCCACCUUCUUCAACACCAAGAACCAGGCCAGAGGCAUCUUCCACAAGUACCUGCUCCAGGAGCUCGAUCAUGCGUUCCUCCUCCAUGUCCCCCCCUCAUUCAACUCUUCCGCGGACAGCGGCAGCCACGGCAGGGAGAUUGUACGUAAUUUUGCGGCCGUCUUUGCAAUGCUCGAGGACAUCAUGGCCUCUGCCCGGGCGCUCCAAUUGGCCGUCCUUGACGAGUCCUUCAAGCUACUCUGCCUUGAGGACUCAACAGCGCGAGAAUUGGGGGAGAUGAUCCGGGACAUGGGGUUCUGGGGCGAUUUGGACGCCGCAUACUCGCUCGUUAAGUUGGUCAAGGACAUGGCUCAGGAAAUGGAGGCCGAGAGGCCGCUUGUUGGGCAAUGCCUCCCGCUGUGGAACGAGCUGAGAGCGAAGGUGAAGGACUGGUGCAGCAAAUUCAGCAUCGAGGAAGGGCCUGUGAAGAAGGUGGUCGACAAAAGGUUCGAGAAGAACUACCAUCCUGCUUGGUCCGCGGCAUUCAUAUUGGAUCCAUUGUAUUUGAUCAAGGACUCCAGUGGGAAGUACCUCCCGCCAUUCAAAUGCUUGACGCCGGAGCAUGAGAAGGAUGUGGACAGGCUGAUCACGAGGAUGGUUUCCCGGGAGGAAGCCCACAUUUCAUUGAUGGAGCUCAUGAAGUGGAGGGCAGAGGGGUUGGAUCCUCUCUAUGCGCAGGCAGUGCAGGUGAAGAAGCUCGAUCCAGCCACGGGGAAGAUGAAGAUUGCGAACCCACAGAGCAGCCGGCUCGUGUGGGAGACGCACCUCAGCGAGUUCAAAUCACUAGGGAAGGUGGCUGUGCGGCUCAUCUUCCUUCACGCCACCUCGUGUGGGUACAAGUGCAGCCUGCCGCUGCUGCGAUGGGUGUGCACGCAUGGCCGCUCGAGAGUGGGUAUGGAUCGAGCUCAGAAGCUGGUGUUCGUCGCAGCCCAUGCAAGGCUAGAAAGGAGGGAUUUUUCGAAUGAGGAGAAGGAUGCAGAGCUCUUCGAUGAUGGGGAGGAUGAUGUGCUAAAUGAGUCCGCCUUUGCUGCGGAUGCCUCAUCAGUGUAACAUUUUCAUUUGAUUUUUUUUCCUCUUUUUCCUGCCUUUUGUAGAAUUGGAUUUGUAGGAAUUGGCGGAUUUUUUUCUACAAAUUCUUCGCUGCACCCAUGUUGUUGUCCUUACUUGCUAGAUGUUGGUGAGGAAGGGGUUGAGGGCAUGAGAGGGACAUGAUCGAUUCGUUACGAAUGCAGCAUCUCUUGCCUGGGCAUAUGAUAAUGUGAGGGUUGUUGAGUUGACAAAGGGAAGUCUUCUUGUUUAUGACAGAAUUGGAAUUGAUGAAGAAACAAGAACAAGAAGAAUGAAUGUAACAUUUGGUUAUUGAGAAAUAAUAUUGAUAUGAAGUUGGAGCAACCGGCAUCAAUUUGAUUCUUCUCAUUGUUUCUUGUUGCUUCCUUGCCUAGUUCGAUCCCGAGGAAUCAACUUACUGCAAUACCAUGUGCGUUAUGUAUGAAUGUUCAUUUGCUGCAUUGAUUGAUUCAAGAACUAUUUUGUCAUCUUGAAACAAUAUGUUGUUUCUGUUUCAUGAAUAUCUUCUCCAUGGAGCCAUCA